AUGAGCGAAGCGCACGGCGCACCGAUGGAAGAGCGGCCGCUCUCGACGCGUCUCGAGGAGGCCGAAACGCUCAAGACGCUCGGCAAUGACCAGUAUGGCAAGAAGAACUACUCGGUCGCGAUUACGCACUAUAUCGAUGCGAUUUCGCGCUUGCCUGCGCGUAUCGAUGAUGGCCAAGGCCAGGAGGGCGAAGAGGAGGAGGGCAACGAGGGUGGCGACCAAGGCGGCGCGUCGUCGGUGUCCAAGACCGAGGACGCCGAAGCAUCUACAUCUACGACGGAUGCACCGCCCAAAUCCACCGAGCCUACGCGCACUAUCACGCUCGAAGAGCACCUCCUCUCGGACGAGACGAUUCAGCUGCGCGUCAAGCUCUAUGCGAACCUUGCUGCGUGCCAUCUCAAGCUCGAACAAUAUGACGACACCAUCAAAGCAAGCACCGAAGUCCUGGCCGAAGAGCCCAACAAUGUCAAGGCGUUGCAUCGCCGUGCGGUCGCACAUGAAAAGCUCGGCGGCUGGGCGCACCUGAACUCGUCGCUCGAAGACUACAAGCGCCUUGAGAAGCUCGACCACGAAGGCUACGUCCCCACCGCCUUCCAGCCCGAGCUGAAAGCGUCGCUCGCGCGCCUGCCCCCUCUCGUCGCCGCCGAAGGCGAGCGGGAAAAGACAGAGAUGAUGGGCAAGCUCAAGACGCUCGGCAACAAUGUGCUGGGCUACUUUGGCCUGUCGACCGACAACUUCCAGAUGCAGCAGCAAAAAGACGGGGGAUACUCGUUGAAUUUUGUCAAGUAG